AUGAUGUUUGAUAAAGAAACAGGGAAAUCAAAAGGUUUUGCAUUUGUUGAAUAUCCAGAUGUUGAAACUGCUUCUUCAGCUGUUAGAAAUUUAAAUAAUUAUUCAAUUGGUAAUAGAUCAUUAAAAUGUGAUUUUUCAAAUGAAAAUUCAUUAUCGUCAAAUGGCUCAAGUAAUAAUAACAAUAAUAAUAAUAAUAAUAAUCAAAAAUCUAAUGAUACUUUACCCCCAUUGCCCCCAGGUAUACAAUUACCACAAGGUCUUAGUUAUGCAGAUUCAAUAUCGAAAACGUUACAAUCUUUAGAUGAUACAAGAAAAUUAACCCUUAUAGAAGAUGCUAAAGAGAUGGCUAAAAGAAAUCCAUCAUUAAUGAAUGAAUUAUUAACCCAAUGUCCUCAAUUAUCUUAUGCCUUGGUGGAAACGCUACUUAUAACAGGUACUUCUACUCCAGAAGAUAUAACAAAAUGUUUAAUAAGUAAUGAUGAUUCAACGGUAAAGCAAGAAGAACAAACUCCAGAACAAUCACAACAACAAGAGGAAGAAGAAUUAGAUGAAGAAAAAUUAGCUUUAAUUAAACAAGUUUUAGCCAUAUCAGAUGAAGAAUUAGCAGAAAUUCCAGAAGAUCAAAGAGCUUCUAUUGUACAAAUCAAAGAAAAUGCAAAGAAUGGUGUGUAUGGUAAUAUAAUAUAG